UAGCGGCUGUUUGUUGACAUCCGGUUGCGCGGUAGUUACCUAUGUCAGAAAACUGGCUAUGGGGGAGUGAGCUUUCCUCACGGCCAGGUCCAGCGAUGAGGCGGAGGGGCUGCCCCAGGCCUCAUCGGGUGGCCCCCAUCGUUUUUGUGGUCGAGGAGAGACCUCAGCGUCCCGCCCUGAGCAUGGAAGAGCGUGAAGGUCUGGUGCCGGAUUCAGGUGCCGUAUUUACAUUUGGAAAAACCAAAUUUGCUGAAAAUAUUCCCAGCAAAUUCUGGUUUAAAAAUGACAUGCCUACACAUCUUUCAUGCGGAGAUGAACAUACUGCCAUCGUUACAGGAAAUAACAAGCUUUACAUGUUUGGCAGCAACAACUGGGGCCAAUUAGGAUUGGGAUCAAAGACAACUGUCAACAAGCCAACUUGUGUCAAAGCUCUAAAACCGGAAAAAGUGAAAUACGUUGCCUGUGGAAGAAACCACACUCUAGUUUCAACAGAAGAAGGAAAUGUGUAUGCAGCUGGAGGAAAUAAUGAUGGACAGUUGGGCCUCGGGGAUACGGAAGAGAGAAAUAUUUUUCAUCUCAUUAGCUAUUUUACAUCCCAGCAUAAGAUUAAGCAGCUUUCUGCUGGAUCAAAUACCUCAGCUGCACUAACUGAGAACGGAGAGCUUUAUAUGUGGGGUGACAAUUCAGAAGGACAAAUUGGUUUAAAAAAUAUAACUAACGUGUGUGUCCCUCAUCAAGUGACUAUUGGAAAGCCUAUUUCCUGGAUCUCUUGUGGAUAUUACCAUUCAGCCUUUGUAACAAUGGAUGGUGAACUGUACACAUUUGGAGAAUGUGAAAAUGGGAAGUUAGGUCUUCCCGAGGAGCUGCUGAUCAAUCACAAAACACCCCAACUGGUGGCUGGAAUUCCCGAGAAGGUGCUGCAGGUGGCUUGCGGUGGAGGACACACUGUAGUUCUCACAGAGACAACUGUGUAUACAUUUGGACAGGGACAGUUUGGUCAGCUGGGUCUUGGCACUUUUACUUUUGAAACUUCAAAGCCCAAAGCUAUUGAUUAUGUUAAGGAUCACAAAAUAAGUUCUGUUUCCUGUGGAGAAAAUCACACAGCUUUGAUAACGGAACUAGGCCGGAUGUAUACUUUUGGAGACGGUCGAUAUGGAAAAUUAGGACUUGGACUAGAGAAUUUUACCAAUCAAUUCAUUCCCACUUUAUGCUGUGAUUUUUUGAGAUUUAUGAUUCAAUUGGUUGCUUGUGGUGGAUGCCACAUGGUAAUUUUUGCCACUCCACGACUUGGUUUGGCAAAAGAAUUUGUGUCAGAUGAAAAAAAGUAUUCUCACUUGCCUUUGUCAUCUUCUCUACCUGUCAAAGAUCUGCUCUCAGGGAGUGAACUCCAUAGCAAUUUAUCAGCACGUGUGCGGCGAAGAGAGCGGGAGAGAUCUCCAGAUUGUAUUAAAAUGAUGCAAACGGUAAAUCCAGGUGAAGAAAUUGAACCCGCAUCUAGAGGUUUGCCCAUCAGUUUAGUUCCUUUCCAUUUGUCUCGGAGUAACUUAUCAGUGCUAAACAGAUCUGGAAUGAAGGAGCCAAAGUUACCAGGUUGUUUUCAAGAUAAAAUGACCACCGAUAGCCUAACAGAAUGUUCAUCUGCAGGAGAUUCAGAAAGCCUUGGAGCAACCAGUGAUAUCCUAAAUAUGACACAUAUGAUGAGCCUGAAUUCUAGUGACAAGCCAUUAAAAUUAUCACCACUUCAAAAGCGAAAGAAACAAGAAGCAUUCGUGAUGCACCCUACAAGUCAUACUGAAAAGGAUGAUACUAAUGAAUAUGAAGAUAUGGCAAAAAUGAAACAAGGGGAAAUGUAUAUGCAGCAUAUGGCAAAAGGAAUAUUCAUGAUGCAAGCUACCGAAAGUAUGGAAGCAUUUUCAGAUGAGGAAGUAGGUAAUGAACCAGGCCAGCUGACACCUCAGGCUGAAGAUAGACACGAAAGUGGAAGUGGUGUUGAUGAGCCUACUGCUGAGGAAAUAGAAAAGGAGAGUGCUGAAGGAUACAGCCAACAGGAUUCAGAAGCAGAAGAAAUAGUCUCUGAGAGUGAAAGUGAGCGGGCAGAUGUAAUAGAAAAUGAAGAGAAUAUAAAGAAUGUUGGUGUAUUCUCUGGUAACUUAUCAGAUCGAGAUAUAAAUAUUGAAAAUGAAGAAAAUAAGCAUUUUGUUAAUAUAAGCAGAUGUGGCAAGCAAGAUAUGACCUUUGAUGGUGAAAAACAAUUUAUAGAAGAGCAAGACAGUUACAUGGAAAGUCAAAGUGAGAGUCAGCAUGGUGUGGUUGAUGGAUUCAUGCAUCCUGAAUCAGUAGAAUCUAGUAAUGGAGAGAAAGAGGAUGAUAAUGUGGAUACUGCUGUACGUCUGUGGUAUAGUAGAAAAUGUAUUGAGCAAGAACAUGAUCAAGGCACUGAACCCAAAUUUUUGAGAUUCCUGAAAAAUUUUGAUUUUAAUUGUGACCGUUUGUCAGAAAUCCCAGAAGAGCAGGAAGGAGCAGAUGAUUCAGAAGAAAGUACACUAGAUGAGGAUGAGCUAGAGACAACUGAGCAAACUGAGGAAAUGCUUGAAGGAGUAAAGGAGGAGAAAGCAGAGAUCCUGUUAGAUGAUGUUUCAGACAAAGCAGAGGGUCAGGAAUUAUCAGAAACUGAAGACAUGGAAACAGAAAUUGAACCAGAAGAAGUAGAACCUGAAGAUGUAGAUGAAGAAAUCAACACUAAUGAUGAUGAGAAUUCUGUGGGACAUAAUGAAUGUCCUCUUGCAGUUGAACAUGGUGAAAUAGCAAAUUCAGAAAAAAGCUGUGAUGAAAUGGCAAAUUCAGAAAAAAGCUGUGAUGAAAUAGCAAAUUCAGAAAAAAGCUGUGAUGAAAUAGCAAAUUCAGAAAAAAGCUGUGAUGACUCAAUUGAAGCUGUUGAAAAGGAUGAAGAAACCAAAACAGUGGAACGAGGCAUUUGUGAAUACAAUGAAAACCCAAAAGGAAGCAUACAUGAUCGUGCACGGAGCAGUUCUCCAAAAGUCGUGGAAGUUAAUGAAUUGACAAGUAAAGACACAAAAAAACUAAAGAAGAUUUUUCUCUUUAAAAGAAUGCCACUGACAGGUCAGAAAAAUAUGCACAGUGGUGGUGAGCCACACCAAGACAUAAAGGCCAUAGGAGAUCAAAUAGCUUAUACAGAGGACAACAAAGACACCAGCCAGAACCAUAUGGAGCCACGCUCUUCAACACCAAACGUACAGAGGUCAAAAUCUUGUACAAUUCUAUGAAUACAUGUUUUGGUGGUCA